AUGCAUGGUGACCUCCAGCAACCGCCUUCUUGGGCUCACGUCGAGGAGGCGCUCGUCGUAUCGGAUCAGUCCCCUCUAGGCACCCCUCUCAGCAACGAUGUUAGCGACCAUUCUUCUUCUACCGAGUCUAAGCCUAUGACCGACGUACCGCUGGGAUAUUCCCAACAAGAUCUCAACGCAGCUAGCCCGAUGGUCCCGGACCCUGGGGAUAUGCUAGAAAAGUUGAGGGUCUCAUAUGCCACGAGAUGCAAACGCGGUCCCUUAACCCCCGAACUGCGGGAUAUCUCCAUCGCUUUCACUGGCCUCAUGGGCUGUGUCAGAAGUGAGAGCGUUGAACAUGUGUUGCUGUGGGAUCGUAUGUGGCAAAUCGGGCUGGGGGAUCUGUGUGAAGAGAUCGUAGAGGAGAGUGACUUCUACUCGGAACAUCCGGACUGGAUUAUCACCGUGCUCGAGAUGGUAGAUUUAACCGUCUCCAGGUACGCCAGGGAACGCCCACGGUUGAUACACGGACCCUCGGGCAAGGAGCAACUACAACGCUUGAUAGUGUCGCUAUGUCGCACCGGGUACUGCCAUCGUGAACUCUUCACGGACGACAAUGUAGUUUUGCGUGCAUACGCUCCUGGAGCAACUGCCGAUCUCCGUUUUCGCCUCCAGCACCUACUCAACAUGUCCUUUACUAUUUACGGGAAGGCGGGGAACUACAGAAGCUUCGAUAUGGGCAGUGCAGACGCUACAAGACAUUUUAGGCGAAUGACUACCCUCCUCUGGUGUUAUCGUACUCCCGGGGAGUGCUGGCAGUCCGACACUUUGAUUACACUCUCACUUACAAUAGUGUCCGAGUCACCACCGGAAGACUGUAUCGAUUUCUUUGACAAUGAGGUGUUGAAGCUCUCGGGGCCGUACAACUUUCUGACCAGGAUCUGCGACUAUCUGCGGCGGAGAGACUUUCCCACUCCAGUUUGUCAAGAACGUCUACUACAGGGCUUAGGCCGGGUGAUCGCGUUUCGCCCCUUGUGGCCACAUUACUCUUCCUCGGGUUUCUUUAACGCCAUGAAGGAUAUGCUCGAUUCAUAUGCCUCGCUCAACGACGCCGAUCAGUGGCACCUGAGUGAAGCGGCUCUCAAUAUCCUCGCCUUUCUUAGCGAAUCUGCGCCUAUCAAUGACGCCGCAAGUCAUCUAAUCCGGCACUUUGAUAUCAUUGAAUACGUCUCGCGAUCAUCUAUCAUAUACGCCAGGUCUGAUGCUGUUCUUGGAGAGGAUGACAACGCGUGUGUAGAGGCUCUCAAGAUCUACACUCGCAUUGCAGCGGCGUUGAGCCUUCGCACCGGGAAGAACUUGCUCAAGAAGGUCUUUAGACAGGCAGCACGCCGCGAGUGGUAUCGGACCUUGGUCGCCCUCCGCGAGAUACAACUCCGCAAUGAAGAAGCCAAGCGCAAGUGCACACCGCUCAUCUCGGCGUGGCAGACUCUCGGACGAGCCUUGAACCUGGACGAAGCGAGCGAAAAGAUAGACUAUGAGCGGGAGAUGAAGAAGGCAAUGCAGAUGUGCGCAUGGCUGAAGUGCGAUUAUCAUCAGAAGAGAUCACCUCACCCCACUCGAGCCUGUCUGGGGUGCGCUGAAGCGCGGUACUGCUCCAGAGAAUGCCAGCAGAAAGACUGGAGGGAAGGAAGGCAUAAGGCUAGAUGCAGAAGAUUGAAGGCUGAGGCCCAUUCACAUCGGCAAUAA